AUGAUGUCUACCCAGAGGCACAGUACUGGCAUUCUGACCAGAAAGGAAAUCCCGGAAAAUGCGUUCUUGGCCAGGUCCUCCAGCCAUAGCUGUUCUUCACCUGUUGUGAGUUAUUACAUGGACUCUAGCAGUGCUUCCAAACCUGACACCUGGGAGCUUCCCAUGGACUUGGACAACACAGCAAGUGGCAGCUCUCUGUGUGUUGUCAAGCAGGUGGAGUCUCUGAGCAGCGGUGUGAAGGCUGAGCUGCACAGCCUGACCCAGGGCAUCUCUGACCUCAGCCUUGUCUGCCUCUGCAAGGCUCACCACAGCCAGGCCACCUUCGAGCUGUCUGCUUUGCCCUGCGAGCACCCCAGCAGAGACAGCUGCCUGAUGAACGUGGUGUCACAGAACACCUCGACACCUUGCAAGAAAGACAAGCACUCCAAACCCCUGGAGAACCUGCUCUUCAAGAGCUCUGAGCUGGCCGGAGACAUCUCAGCCCUUGGGAAAGUGCCAGCAGCAGGGUGGGACAUCUCAGCAAUCAAAUCUGUUAUGGAUGCCAGCACAUCCCUCGAUGUGAGCACUGAGGAGUUAUGGGUACUGGGAUGCUCCAAACCAGACACAUCAUCCCUGGAGACCCCUGUGGCGACUCCUCUGGCUUGGCCUAGUGCCUUCAAGAAGCACCCCGUGCUGAUGCACAGGUCUGCCCCCCAGGAGAGCCAGCUGAGCGACCCUGAUGCUGUCGCUGUGUUUGUGCACCAGGCUCUGUGA